AUGGAGUACCGGGCGCCACACCCGUUGAGCGCCGGGGCGCCCUACUACCCCCAUCCAGGUGCUAGCGCAAGCAAAAUUGCGAAGCGCAGUGAUCUCGCAGCCAACAAGGGAGGCCCUUUUGCUGCAGCAUUGCGUACACUGGCAAAAAACGCGGGACCCGAUGCCAAGGAUGGAGCGGGCAGCGGUGCAGCUGGCGGCGAGCGAGACGUCGCUAAGGACAAGCCCCCGCCGGCGCCCACCAAGAGGGCUUCGCCUCAUCACUUACCAGCUAGUGGAUUCCAACCAUAUAGACCGGAUGAGAGACUAUCCCACCCUGCAGCCGCUUCAUUCCCGUUACUGGAACCGGCCGCUUAUUCGCCUUACGCCCACCCGGGCCUCUACUCCAGUGCGGCACUGCAGUACAGGCUAGCUGCUGAAGAGCAGAUCUACCUCGAGCGUAUGUUCCGUGGGGGCAUGGGUGUCGGGUGGUUACCCCCCUAUCCCGCUUACCCUCUCCUAGCUCCGCCCCUUUCGCUUGUCCACCCCGGGCAUCCAGCGCACGCGCAUCCCGCCCACCCUGCGCAUGCGCACCCCCAUCCGGCACACGCUCAUCCGCACGCCCAUGCGUUACACGAGGAUAGAGAAAAAGAGAUAGCGUUACAAAGAGAAAGGGAGAGAGAAAGAGAGAGGGAACGAGAACGAGAGAGAGAGCGGGAACAACGCGAGAAGGAGCAACGGGAGCGGGAGCGUGAACGCGAGCGGGUAGCACGCGAAAAGGAGUCGCGUCGCGAGGCGUUGCAUGCGCACCUGCCGGGUGCCUACGUGCCGCGCGCCCCUCCCCCGCUACUCUACAGGCCCUUCCGGCCCUACGAGCCAGACCCCGGUGAGCUCCCGCCUGACCCAGCACACCAGCCCGCCGCCCAGCCUCAGCCCGCGCCGCAGCCGAAGCAACAGUCCGCGCAACCCGCCUCGCAGCCAGCCGCCCUCUGA